UUGGAAAAAUCAAAAUACUCAUUCGUCAUGUGAAAAGGUUAGGGGCGUUGAAUUUGAUUUACCCUUUAUAGUGACCAUGUUGAUUGUUGCUCUAACUUUCUAUAUGCAGCCGCAGUGAUAGCUAGAUUCCUUGUAGGUUUAUAUGAUCAGACUCAAAAUCAUCAUCUGCAUCACCUUCCAUAGUUGAUCACCAACUACAACAAUGUCCAAGUCAACGUUAUUCCUUCUCAAAACCCCCCCUUCUUUUUGUGGGGUAUAGUUAUAGAUAGAACAUUGAAAUCAUAAGGAACUGAGUCCAAAUCUGAAAGCUUCCUAUGUUUAAGCUAGAGUUUUUUAGGUAGGAUUUACUUUCAGCUAAUUGCUGAAUUUGGUCCUACUCUUUGCUGCUUCAGUCUUCAUCACAAGAUUGAGUGAUGCAGGAAGAUGAGGAAAAUCUGAAGGAUUCCUCUGAUGGAGUUGUGGAGCAAAAAUAUGAAACCAGAAAGGGGGGUUGUGGAGGGUGUCUCUGCAUUCCCCUGCACUGGUUCAGAAUGCUUUCAAGGGAAACGCAUUGGAGCUUUGUGCUUGGGGUGAUACUUGUUUAUGGUGUGAGUCAGGGACUUGGUGGAGCUUUUUCUGGCGUUGCCACCAAAUAUUACAUGAAAGAUGUUCAAAAAGUGCAGCCAUCAGAAGCACAAGUUUAUGGAGGAAUCACAUACAUUCCUUGGAUUGUUAAGCCUCUCUGGGGGCUUCUCACUGAUGUUCUCCCAAUUUUUGGAUAUCGCCGGCGUCCUUAUUUCGUUUUUGCUGGUUUCUUGGGAGUGUUUGGCAUGCUUAUGUUAUCUUUGCACGAGAAUCUGCAUCUUGCGUUGGCCCUUCUAUCAUUAACGGCUGGGAGUGCCGGUGUCGCUAUAGCUGACGUUACCAUUGAUGCCUGCGUGGCACAGAAUAGUAUCUCUCAUCCUUCACUAGCUGCUGACAUGCAAAGUUUAUGUGCCUUCAGUAGUUCAGUUGGAGCAUUAUUAGGAUUCUUCUUUAGUGGUAUCUUUGUCCACCUUAUAGGACCUAUGGGGGUGUUUGGUUUGAUGACAAUCCCAGCCGGACUUGUAAUUUUGGUUGGUUUUCUGCUUGAUGAGCCCCAUAUACCUAACUUUGCUUACAAACAGGUGAACCAAAAGUUUCUGGAUGCGACCAAGGCUAUGUGGACGACAUUGAAGAGCGAAGAUGUUUGGAGGCCUUGUUUAUACAUGUAUUUAUCCCUUGCAUUGAGUUUGAAUAUUCUUGAAGGAAUGUUCUAUUGGUAUACAGACUCAAAAGCUGGACCAUCUUUCUCUCAGGAGACUGUUGGUUUUAUAUUUUCGAUUGGUUCGGUUGGCUCGCUUUUUGGCGCAAUACUAUACCAUUAUGCUUUAAAGGAUUAUGCAUUCAGAGACUUGCUCUUCUGGACUCAAUUACUAUACAGUUUGUCAGGCAUGCUAGAUUUGAUUAUGGUUGUGCGAUUGAACCUUAAGUUCGGCGUACCAGAUUAUGUCUUUGUUGUGGUCGUUGAAAGUGUAGCUCAAAUGACUAUUAGGCUCAAGUGGAUGCCAUUGCUUGUGCUCAGUUCAAAGCUUUGUCCCUCAGGUAUUGAAGGCACUUUCUUUGCACUACUAAUGUCAAUUGAUAAUAUUGGACUUCUCUCAGCAUCAUGGGGAGGAGGCUUUUUGCUCCAUAUACUAAAGAUUUCACGAACGCAGUUUGAUAAUCUUUGGUUCGCUAUUUUGAUACGGAAUAUUCUGAGAAUCACUCCACUUUGCCUGCUGUUUUUGGUGCCUAGAGCUGAUCCAAACUCUUCUAUUCUUACAAGCGAAUGCUUGAGUUCACAAGUGUGUAUUGAGACUUCAGAAACUCAGAAUAUUGAAUUGGUUUCCCUUGUAAACAAUGUUGAUGGUAGCUAGAUUUUUCAAUUUUAAAUACACAAAAAGUAACUAGCCAAUGUUGAUGGCAAGAAAUUGAGGAAAGUUUCAAAGGCCUCUGAACUCUGAUGUACUAUUGUUGAGUUUACAUUCUUCUUUUUCAGUCA